CUUCGAGGAAGUGUGAAGGGAAAAAAAAAAGAAGAAAAACUGCGAGCCGUCGGGUAGCUGAGCGUGUUGACAGCUGUUUAGCGGAGUUUCUCAUCAUUUGAGCAGCUUGGAGUGAAGAGGACAGCUGGAAAUGACCGCCGAGGUUUUCUCCUAUGAGAGUUUGGUUCACGCUGUGUCAGGAGCCGUGGGAAGUGUGACUGCGAUGACAGUAUUCUUCCCUUUGGAUACUGCCAGGUUACGGCUUCAAGUGGAUGAAAACAGGAAGGCCAAAUCUACACCUGCUAUUCUGGCUGACAUUGUGAAAGAAGAAGGAGUACUAGCUCCCUACAGAGGAUGGUUUCCUGUCAUCUGUAGUCUUUGCUGCUCCAACUUUGUCUACUUCUACUGCUUCCACUGGAUGAAAGCUAGCUGGCUGAAGAGCAGGCAGUCAACCCCCACCACUGACCUCAUUGUAGGCAUUGUUGCAGGUGUUAUAAACGUCCUACUGACCACUCCUCUGUGGGUGGUCAAUACCCGGCUGAAGCUCCAAGGCUCCAAGUUUCGCAAUUCAGACAUCCGGCCCACAAACUACGCUGGUAUCCUGGAUGCAUUUAAGCAGAUCGUCCGUAAAGAAGGUGUUGGCGCCCUCUGGAACGGCACCUUCCCAUCCCUGCUGCUGGUGCUCAACCCCGCCAUUCAGUUCAUGAUUUACGAAGGUCUGAAGAGGCAGCUGAGGAGAGGGGCUUCCAGAGAGCUUACAUCUCUGGAGGUCUUCAUUAUCGGGGCGGUCGCCAAAGCCGUCGCCACCACUGUUACGUACCCACUGCAGACGAUACAGUCCGUCCUCAGGUUCGGUCAGGUCAACGCACCGACAAAAAAGUCGAAGCUGCUGUCCAGCCUGCAGACCCUGAAGGGUCUACUGGUAAACAGAGCGAGGAAACACGGCGUGUUGGGUCUGUUCAAAGGCCUGGAGGCCAAGCUGCUGCAGACCAUCCUGACUGCUGCCCUCAUGUUCCUUCUCUAUGAGAAGAUUGCCAGCAGUACCUUCAGAGUUAUGGGACUGAGCAGUGGCCACUACAAGAGACGCUAACCAGCAACCAGAAAUGCAACCCUGGACACUUAACAGAAAUGCAUUGAUGAUGAUGACUGGACGGGACCUGAUUUUUAAGAAUAUUUUGCUAAACAAAUGAUAAACCACUACUGAUGUUUUAUGGUGAUUUUCUUCUGUUUUUGUCUUAAAAGAAAUUAAUGAUGAUUUAAGAAUUGUGGUAAUGUUGCACAUCAGAUCUGCUCCUAUAAGUGUCUUUAUACUCAUUCAAUGUUUCCCUCAGUAUUAAUAACAUGUGUACCUGCCUUAGGUAAUUGGUUUUCAGUCUUAUUGACUUUUCAUUGUCAAAUUGAUAAUGUAGAAAGAAAGAUCAGAGACAGUAAAAUAAGGUAUUUCCAUUGGUGAUCCUACAGUAAAAGUAACUGGUUCGAAUCAGAUUUUAAGGCUGAUUGUCUAUGUAGUUUAUGAAUUUUUUCAGCAGCUCUCAUUAAGCCUAAACAUUGAUACUGACUUCAUAAUAUUUUUUGUCUUUUUUUUUGGUUUGUUUGAAACUUUAUUAACCAUUAACAAUAUCUUUUGAUAUUUAGACAAGGACUCUGUUGACAGUUAGGUUCAUAAUCCCCUCUGAAUAAUCGGAGACUUCAAAUGUGUCCAAAGGCUUUCAAAGGUUUAAAAUGUGAAAAUCAAAGUUAUUUACCAACAUCAGGAGGUCUAGGAAUUGGAUACAUAUUUCUCCAAAACCAUUCAUAUUCCCUCAGAUUUUUCUCUUAUUUCCUGUACUGUUUCUCCUUGCAGAAACUGUUUAUCUGAUCAAAAUUACCGGGGUGACACUUUCAAAAAUACACUGGGCAAUAUGCUAUCUUGAUCAGGUACAUGAAUUUCAUAUAAAAUGUGUGGAAAAGCUAUCAAAGUCCAAAUUAAAACCUUAAAAUAUUUUUUUAAAGUGGAGGCAAAGGAAGAACUGCCUGACAGUUCUACCUGGCACCUGUAGAGCAAAUUGAGAGUUUUUAUGUAGCAUUUACCUGUCAGGCUGUCAAAGAAAAUGUGACAUUCAGUGUGAAAAACUAUGAACAGCUUAAAGAGCAUCUGAUAUAAUUUUAAAGUAGUUAGUUCAGGUUUUAGCAUUUAUUGCAGUUUUGAAUAAACUUCUGAUUAUCCAUUUCCAUCUCUGUCUAAAUGUACACUAUGCUGUAAUUUCAAUAAUGCUGCUGUUAAACCCAUGUAAUUUCUCCAUUAUGGGACAAUAAAGGAUAUUCCCAAUCUAUUA